AUGCGGAGCUUGCGCGUAGCUCCGCCGCCGCCGGUGCUCCUGCUGCUGCUACUGGUGCUGCUGGUGCUGCUGGCCGCGGGGCAUGGAGCCGUCAUCACCGGGGCCUGUGACCGAGACCAGCAGUGCGGAGGAGGGAUGUGCUGUGCCGUUAGCCUCUGGAUCCGCAGCCUGCGGAUGUGCACGCCCAUGGGGAACUUGGGAGAGGAGUGCCAUCCCUUGAGUCACAGAGUUCCCUUCUCCGGGCGGCGGAUGCACCACACCUGCCCAUGCCUCCCCGGCCUGGCCUGCGUACGGACCUCCCCCAGCAAAUUCAAAUGUUUACCAGGCUUCAGAAAAGAAGAUGUCUUCUUUUAG